CAGGAGCCGGGCGCUGUGAGGGGCUGAGGGGAGGGACGGGACGGGGGCAGAGCCGCCACCAUGAUCGGGCAGAAGACGCUACACUCGUUCUUCAGCUCCACGCCGCUGCCGAAGCGCGACCGCUCCCCGGAGCCGGGCGGCAACACUCAGGGUGGCUCGGUCAAGCGGCCGCGGUCGGCGGGGGACGACUCGGGCGCGGCCUGGCCGCGCUGCCCACCGCUGAGCCCGGAGCAGCUGGAGCGGAUCCGCAGGAACAAGGAAGCGGCUCUGCAGCGGCUGGCGGCCCGCACCGCGCCCCCGGGCUUCGCGGACAGCUGGAGGCGGCCGCUGGCGGCGGAGUUCGCCCGGCCCUACUUCGCCCAGCUCAUGGCAUUUGUGGCAGAGGAGCGGCAGCGUCACACGGUUUACCCGCCCCCAGAUCAGGUCUUCACUUGGACGCAGAUGUGCGACAUCAAAGACGUAAAAGUUGUCAUCUUGGGGCAAGAUCCUUACCAUGGACCCAACCAAGCUCAUGGACUGUGCUUUAGUGUUCAGAAGCCUGUUCCACCUCCACCCAGUUUGGAAAAUAUUUACAAGGAGCUUUCAACUGAUAUUGAGGACUUCGCCCAUCCCGGCCAUGGGGACCUAACUGGAUGGGCCAAGCAAGGGGUACUUCUGCUCAAUGCUGUCCUCACGGUCCGAGCACACCAAGCUACUUCCCAUAGGGAGAGGGGCUGGGAGCAGUUCACUGAUGCAGUGGUGUCCUGGCUGAACGAGAAUUUGGAUGGACUUGUCUUCAUGCUGUGGGGAUCUUACGCACAGAAGAAAGGGAGCUCCAUUGACAGGAAACGCCACCACAUCCUGCAGACUGCCCACCCCUCUCCGCUGUCUGUGUACAGAGGCUUCUUCGGCUGCCGUCACUUCUCCAAGACAAAUGAAUUGCUGAAGAUGUCUGGCAAGAAGCCUAUUGACUGGCGAGCGCUCUAAGUUGCAAGCGUGAACUUGGGGGAAGGGAGGCUUGGUGAUGUCAGUCAGUACCUGUUUUCUAGGGUCAUUCUAUCCUGAGAAUCUCUUUUUGGAUGCUGCUCUGCUGGAUAAACGGAAGGGCCUAAUGUGAAGAAGUUCCAGUUCUUUAAUAUCUAUUUUUAUGUACUGUAUGAGUGAGCAAACUUGAAUUCAGUGUGAUGCACCAAUUUUUGGACUGCUGUUUAGCAGAAAUCUGAAUCCAGUCUUGAACCAGGAAAACACCGAAGGGUGUGUUAAUAGUGGCUCAUUGACCUAAUAGGGCUGUAUUCAGGCUUUUUUUUUUUUUUUAUGAACUGGUUGGGAUUCUUGUAUGUUUAAACCCAUCAGCUUUUUGACUCCUGCAGGUGAAAGCCAUCUCAGCAAUAUUUUUCCUUGCUUCCCUGUUUGGAAAUCCAUAUUUUAGGUUUUGAGAGGGAGAGAAGCACCCUUUUUUAGGAGGAGAAGCU